AUUUUGUUUCCGGCCGGAGUUUUCAUCAGUUGGUACCAUCAGCGUGUUGUGUACAGGUUCCCAUGCUUGACUGUCCGACAGAGAGAUUUUGAUAUUUUGAUAUUUUGAUAUUUUAAUAUUUUAAAGGCAGACGUCUGAAGUCGUCACUAACGGCUGCUGGCGAGGCGGGAAACAGAAAGACAGAAAGCUUGUUGUGACUCCGUCCCGCAGCCAGCAUGAAGAUCAAGCGACAGAAACAAGCCAAGAAAACUCUGAGCUUCUACAAAUACAACUUCAGCUUCAGGGAGCCCUUCCAGAUCCUCAUCGACGGGACGUUUUGUCAGGCGGCUCUGAAGAACAAGAUCCAGAUCAAAGAGCAGAUGCCCAAGUACCUGAUGGGGGAGGUGCAGCUGUGCACCACCAGCUGUGCGCUCAGAGAGCUGGACACUCUGGGUAAAGAGCUGUACGGAGCUAAGAUCAUCCUGCAGAGGUUCCAGGUGAGGAGGUGUCCGCACUUCAAGAGCCCGGUCCCCGCUUCAGAGUGUCUGCUGUCCAUGCUGGGGGACACAAACCCACACCACUACUUUGUUGCUACACAGGACCACACAGUAACCGCAGGCCUGAAGAAGAUUCCAGGUGUCCCUCUGCUCUACAUCAUCCUCAACACCAUCGUGCUGGACAAGCCCUGCCAGACGUCCCUCGACCACGUCCAGGCCGUCCAGCUGGGAGAACUGGUCAGCCAGGCCCAGCAGCAGAGCAUCCGCAGCCUGAAAGAGGAGCAGGGCAUCGCCCAGAAGGACGGCGAGAGGCGAGGGAAGAAGAGAAAGAGGAAACAGAGCAACCCCAAUCCUUUGAGCUGCUUGAAGAAGAAGAAGAAAGGCGUCCCAACACAGCCACUGAAGAAGACGGAGGAGGGGGAGAAGAGGAAAAGAAGUCGACACAAGAAAAGACGAGACGACACGUCCGCUCCUGCAGCUACAAAUACAUAGUACAACAGGAAGACAGAGACUUGAGCCAUUUAGUUUCUUACAUAAAUAUUAUCUGAACAUUAACUGCAGCGAAUAAAUCAACAUGCGGCACACAGAAUGUCAUUUUAAAAUAUCGGUCAUGGUAUGUGUUUUAUUUUGACAUUUCUGCAUCAGUUUCUGAGUUUACAGGCAUGAGAUAGGAAGUGUUCAGAAACAUACCAAUGUUUUUGAGAAGAUUUGUCUUGGCUUUUAUAUAAAAUAAAAAAGGGUUUACAGGCACAUAGUUUAAAAUCUAAGAUGCACUCAGACAUUACAUGAUAUACAGUUUAUAUGGAAGUGGAUUAUCAAAAAGUGAUGCAUUCAGCUGUCUUUGCAGGAGCACAGGGAAGUGUGCUCACAAUGACUCGGCGCUGUGCAGUGUGUGAUUACUGACCUCUGUACUGUUAUCUUGUGAGUUGAGUCCAAACGACAACGUUUAAAACAAAUGUGUCCAUUCAGACUUCACAUGGUCAUUCUUCAGAUUAUAAAUAAGAAAACAAGUCAUUCUCUUA